UUGGAGUCGGCGUCCUCGCGGCAAGAGGCGGCCGGCAGCCCCCUGCUCCGCCCCCCAUUGUGCUGCGCCGCGGCCGGGGCCGGAGCGGGGCGCGGGGCGCGGGCAGGUGCGGGAGAAGUUGGUCGUCCCCGGGUGCCCCGGUCCCGCUCGCGGACCGCGGUGGCCAGGCGGGGCCGGGACCUCCCCGGGGCGGUCCCUUGGCCCCGACCUGCCCAGGGCUUUGUGCUCUGCAGGUCCCCGAGCGGAGAGCGAGGGCAGGCGCGGGGCUGGGCAGCUCGCCCCCGUCCCGCCGCCGGCGCUGGCGCGAGGAGCGGCGCGCAGCCCAGCACCCGGGCCGAGCAUCUCCCGCUUGCCGCCGUGGGAGACCGCGCCGCUGGCCCCGGGCACGCCGGGCCCCCGCUCGGCCGCCCGGCCUGGUCUCGGCGCGCGGGCAGCGCUGCAAGAGGGAGCGCUCGGGGCAGGGCGGACCGGGCACCUGUGCUAUGAUUUGGUGUUUCUGGCUUGUCUCCCUCAGCCGGUUCUCCAGCAUCUUUGCUGAAGGCAACGGCAACAGCAGCACCAAGGGCCAGGCACAGUCACAGGCUGUGGUUGGGCGCAUUGGAGAGAGUGUGAUCCUGGGCUGUGACCUCCUGAAUGCACAUGAGGCACGUCCCCCACUCUACGUGAUCGAGUGGGUCCGCUUUGGCUUCGUCCUUCCCAUCUUCAUUAAGUUUGGCCUCUAUUCGCCACGUGUGGAUCCAGAAUACGUGGGUCGUGUGCGGAUUCAAGAAGGCGCUUCCCUGCGGAUCGACCUGCUGCGCACUGAGGACCAGGGCUGGUACGAGUGCCGCGUCCUCUUCCUCGACCGGCACAACAACGACGACGAGUUCCAGAACGGCACCUGGAUCCACCUCACUGUCAACUCUCCUCCAACCUUCCUAGAGACCCCGCCAGCCUUUGUCGAGGUUCGAGACCGGGACCCCCUGAGCCUCACCUGCAGGGCUGUCGGCAACCCCCAGCCCAUCAUUAUCUGGAAGAGGAGUGACCUGGCCGUCGAGAGUGGGGACAAGGUGCAGGUGAGGAAUGGGACCCUGAGGAUCACCAGCGCAGAGCGGACCAGUGCUGGGGCCUAUACAUGCCACGCGUCCAGUGAGGAGGGCACCAUCACCCAUACCACACGUGUGCUGGUGCAAGGGCCCCCGGUUAUUGUAGUGCCUCCCCAAAACAUCACUGUCAACCUCACCCAGGAUGCCUUCCUGGCCUGCCAAGCCGAAGCCUACCCUGGCAACCUCACCUACAGCUGGUUCCAGGGCAACAGCAACGUCUAUCACCUCAGCCACCUCCAGUCUCGAGUCCGGGUCCUGGUGGAUGGGAGCCUUCUUCUCCAGAAGACCACUCCAGACGACUCUGGCAAAUACACUUGUGUUCCUAGCAAUGGGCUGUGGAGACCACCUUCUGCAUCGGCCUUCCUUACUGUGUUGUAUCCAGCCCACGUGACCGCCAUGCCACUGGAGACUCACCUGCCCAAGGGGAUGCAGGGCGCAAUCCAGUGUCCUGCCAGGGCCAACCCACCACUGCUGUCUGUCAGCUGGACCAAAGAUGGGUACCCCCUGCAGCUCAGCAAGUUCCCUGGCUGGUCCAUGAGAACCGAUGGCUCCAUCGUCAUAGCAAUGGGGAAUGAUGAUGCCCUGGGGGUCUACACCUGUACCCCCUACAACAGCUAUGGCACAGCCGGCGAGUCAGGGCCCACGCGGGUCCUGCUCAAGGAUCCCCCCACCUUCAGUGUGCGCCCCAAGGAUGAGUACUUCCAGGAGGUGGGCCGUGAGUUGGUGAUCCCAUGUGCUGCCCAAGGGGACCCCCUGCCCAAUAUCACCUGGGCCAAGCUGGGGAGCACGGAGAAGAGCAGUGCUCAGGUGGACGGGAACAGCAGCCUCGUCUUCCGGCCACUGGUGAAAGAGCAGCAUGGGGUCUGGCGGUGCACGGCCAGCAAUCAGGUGGCGCAGAUCAGCACCAGCACCUCCGUCUACGUGCUGGGCACCAGCCCUCACGCUGUCACCAAUGUCUCGGUGCGUCCCCUGCUACUGGCAGUCAACGUCUCCUGGGAACCAGGGUUUGAUGGAGGGUAUUUCCAGAGAUUCAGCGUCUGGUACACCCUGCUGAUGAAGCGCCCAAACCGGGCCCAUCACGAGUGGGUGUCUCUGGCAGCGCCUGCGGGGGCUGAACACCUCCUCGUGGAGAACCUGCAGCCAGACACUGGCUACCAGUUCAGCAUCCUCGCCCAGAACAAGCUGGGCAGUGGCCCCUUCAGCGAGAUUGUGACCUCCUUUCCCCUGGGUGUUCCAGUGACCACGGUGCCUCCGGAGCCACCCACCACAACUAUGCGCAUUGUGCUGUCCCCACCCCAAUCGCUGAUGGCCAACGAGACUUUGCGUGGGGUCCUGCUGCAGUGGGAGCCCCCGUUCCAGCUCUCGGUGACCCUGACGGGCUACGCCUUGGAGCUGCGGCAGGACCAGGGGGGCUGGGAGGUGCUGGACAGCUCCAUUCCUAGCACCGAGACCCACUUUCUGGUGCCCGGGCUCAUCAAGGACGCCUUCUACGAGUUCCGCUUGGUGGCCUUUGCUGGGAGCUACAUCAGCGACCCCAGCAACAUGGUGAAUGUCUCCACAGCAGGCAUGGAGGUGUAUCCGUCUCGCACGCAGCUGCCAGAGCUCCUGCCCCAGCCUGUGCUGGCUGGGGUCAUCGGAGGGAUCUGCUUCCUCAGUGUGGCCGUGAUCUUCAGCACUAUGGCAGCCUGUAUCAUGAACCGCCGGCGUGCUGCCCGCAUCCAGAAGCGCAGACAAGAGCCACCAAUCGUCUUCUCCCCCAACAAGAAGCUUCCACCUCCACAAAAUUCUCACAGCUCUGGUAGCUCGGACAGCAUUGUGAAGCUGAAGCCGCAGGCCUCCCCCUACCAGAGCCUGCGCCGGACCCUACAGUGGGGGGAGAAGGCAGGUGCCAACCUGGGCAUCACCAUCACAGCGGGCACGGGGACUAGCGCCAAGUAUGCCAUCUAUGAGAGCCACAUUGGGGAGCCGGAGCCUCUGGAGCGCAUCUGCCGAGGCCCCGACGGACGCUUCGUCGUGGAGACGGACAGGAAACCCCAGGAGCGGAGCCACCGGGCCCUUCCCUAUGUCCCGGAGAUGGAGCUGUACGCUGCACUGCCGCAGCGGGACCCCUCGCCUGCCCCCUCUGAGGGAAGCCAGCACGAGCCCUACCUGCAGGUGUACUCGCCCCCCAGGGCAGAGGAGCCCAUCUGGCAGAGGGGCGUCCUGUUGCGGCCCCACGCCACGGGGCAGGCCCGCAGGGAGGCGCGGGCCUCUGGCUACCGGCAGGGAUGCUACUUUGGCUAUGGCAGCAGCAGCCCCACAGAUGAAGCCAAGCCCCUGUGCAUUGUCAACAUCAGCCCCGUGGCCUCCACCGUGACUCUGCCCUACAGCACUGUGGAGGAGCCCCGGGAUGGGACGUGCAGCGAGGGGCCCUGCGAGGGCACAGCCAGCACUCUGCAGGACUCGCCCCACGCUCUCCCCGAGGGCUCCCCUGUACUCAGCAAGCUGCUCAGUGCCCGGCCCUCGGGGUCCCAGAGCAGCCAGCUGAGAGCCAGCACCUCGGUGCAGAGCGGGAUCCUGCAGUACCUGAGCCUGCCCUUCUUCAAGGAGAUGAGUGUGGAUGGGGACUGGCCACCACAGGAGGAGCCUCCUGUGCAGGACCUGGAGGACAGCCCCCACUCACCCCGCAGCAGCCCAGAGCUCACACUGCAGGGGCACGAGAGCUCCCUGCCCAGCGCGGACAGCACGGUCUGCCCCGACUACAUGGACACAUGUGUGCACCCGGAGUCACCGCCAGGGGAGAUGCCAGGCAUGGGGCUCCUCAAGCCUCCCGAACCACAGGUGGGCCCCGCCAAAGCAGCCCUGCCCGGGGGCACCAUGUGGCCGAGCUACCUGAGCUCAAGUUCAGACCGGCUGGCAGCCAAGGACCAGGCCUCCUGGGCCCAGGGCCUAGUGCCCCUGGAGAGCAAUGGGGCUGAACUGGUGUACACGGCCAUCUCGGAGCCCAGCUGUGCCCUGAGCCCACCUGGCCAGCCACUGCAUGGGACACUCCUGGAGGCAGAGGGGCUGGAUCAGCACAGGCCUCCAGAGCCCUUGGGCCUGCCAGGUGCCCCAACCGAGAAGCCGCUGCGGGGCAGCCUAACCAGCCAGAGCAGCGGCCGAGGCAGUGUGUCCUUCCUGAGACCCCCAUCGCUGGCGCCGUCUCUCGGGGGCAGCUACUUCAGCUCCCCUCUUGGCGAGACUGGUAGCUGGCAAACCGGGGCUGGGUCCCAGGGUCCCACUGCAGAGGAGGGGAAGCCAAGGAAGGAGCCAGCCAUCGCCCAAAUCAGCAAGAGGAGGAACACGUCUGUGGACGAGAACUACGAGUGGGACUCGGAGUUUGCGCUGGAGUCGGAAAUCCUGGACGCGCUGCAGCUCUACCGCAGCGGCGACCCCAAGAGACCCGUCUCCACCAUCGCGGUGCGGGAGCUGGAGAGGCAGAGUGCCAGGGCGCCCGGCGACAGCAGCGCCUCGUCCGUGAGCUCCAGCAGGUCGGCGGAGGCGCUGGAGGUGCCGGGCGCGCCCAGCCCGGAGGCGCGCUGCGCCGCGCUCAAGGAGGAGUUCCUGGCCUACCGGCGCCGCAGGCAGGCCGCCCGCCAGCGCCGCACCCGCCGCCACGACGAGCGCUUCGAGCUGGCCACGCUGCUGUGACGGGCCGGGCCGGGCCGCCUGCUCCGCGGCCUGCGCGACGGGGCGGGCGCGGCAUUGCGGAAUAAAGACACAUGCACAGAG